AUAAUUUGUUAAAUUACCUUAUUUUAUUAGUAUCUCUUUUGACGUAUUACUGUUCACUUGUUCAUGGUUCUUACGUAUCGUACAAGGCACAACUAAUUUAAGCCAGACAAUCUGCACUGUUUAUUGUGGUCUAUGGUAGUUUAUUUCUAUUAUAAACGCUACGUUACAAUAAAAGAAGUCACCAAUAUAUUAACAGGUAACAACUCAGUUAUGUAGGGAUUACKUUGCCGACAACGUCUAGGCCACGUAUACUUGGUAUUUUAAAUAUAGAUUGCUUUUGAUCAGAAUAAAUCAAUGCCCACGAACACAAUCAUCAAGUAAUUAUACUCACAACUGCAACAUAAUCAAGAACUAAACACCGAAGGUAUACGGUUUGGUUUUCAUAAUUGAACAUGGACAGAGGCACAUUUAUUAUUUGUAUGAUAUUCGUGUUCAGUUUUUGGAUUGAUGGAGAUAGAAGUGUGAAGGCUCAAAACUCACAAAAUAAUAAUGGAUGUUUCACGCCUAAUGAUCUUAACGGCAAUUGCAUUAACAUAAAAAGAUGCCCUAAGCUACGUUAUCUAUUAGAAAAUCAGAGACACAAUUCUUCUAUUGCCACAUUUCUCAGAAACUCCAUGUGUGGAUAUGAGGGUAGAGACCCCAAGGUAUGCUGUCCAUUGGAGAAUGAACCUACCACCUACACUGAUACCAGCUACACUGAUACCACUCAAAGGAUAACUACUCCAAAAACUGAUUCGGGAGGUUCAGCAGUUUACGAAACAGUUACGUCAAUCAAAUUGCCAUCACAAAAAACUUGUGGACGAACUAAUUCUAGCCACGUUCGAAUUGUCGGAGGAAAUCCUGCUGAAUUAGGUGCUUGGCCCUGGAUGACAGCACUUGGAUAUCAAGAUCUUAAUAGGCCAAGUUCCGAAUAUCAGUGGCUGUGUGGUGGUGCCUUGAUAUCAGAUAGAUACGUAUUAACAGCUGCCCACUGUACCGUCGGUAUUGGAAAUCGAAAAUUGGCUGUCGCGCAUUUAGGUGAUUUGAACUUAGAUCCUAAAGUGAAUGAUGGAGCUGGACCAAUAGAUGUUGCAAUUUCACGCGUCAUGACACAUGAACGAUAUAAUGCACAAGAAUAUACCACUGAUAUUGCAUUAUUAAAAUUAGAAAACAGUGUUAGAUUCAAUCAAUUUAUUCAACCUAUCUGUUUACCUGUCUUAUCGCAUCAUAGAGCAAACAAGUUAGUUAAAUCUGUACCAUUUGUUGCCGGAUGGGGUUCCACAUCAUUCCGCGGACCGAGUUCUACUACUCUGAUGGAAGUUCAAGUACCCGUGAUAGAUAAUUCAGAAUGUAAGCGAGCAUUUGCCAACAAGAAAUCUGUUAUCGAUGAUAGAGUUUUGUGUGCUGGAUUAUUAACUGGAGGAAAAGACGCUUGUCAGGGAGAUUCUGGAGGUCCCUUAAUGUGGCCAAGUGGUACUCAAUAUUAUUUAGUUGGUGUUGUGUCUUUUGGAUUUAAGUGCGCUGAACCAGGUUACCCAGGUGUAUAUACCAGGGUAGCGUCAUUUGUCGAAUGGAUCGCAGAUAACAUGAAUUAUAGUUAAAUUAUAUUAAUAGAUGUUGUUUUAUAUGACAUUUACUUAAGAG